AUGCUUCACAUAAGAAGCUGGACGCUUCCGAAAUCUUCAUGUUCUACUCUAAUAUGGAACCGUGGAUUCUCUAAAGCACCUGUUUUACAAGUGGCCAAAGUUAUUGCGGUACAAGACAAGAAAAUCAACCUUGAUCGAGAAAAGCACAUCCAGCGAAUCCAAGAGAGAAUUGAGAAAAUUCCAAUCUCAAACUAUAGGAACUUCAGUAUUGUGGCCCAUGUGGACCAUGGAAAGUCCACUCUUUCUGACCGUCUUUUGGAGCUCACAGGGGUUAUCCAGCCAGGAGCUGCAAACAAACAAGUUCUAGACAAGUUAGAUGUGGAAAGAGAACGUGGGAUCACAAUUAAAGCGCAAACUUGUACCAUGUUUUAUCAUGAUACGAACACCAAAGAAGAUUACUUACUCCACUUAGUGGAUACACCUGGGCAUGUGGAUUUCAGGGCCGAAGUUUCGAGGUCUUAUGCUUCAUGCGGUGGAGCGCUUUUGUUGGUUGACGCAGCUCAAGGAGUUCAGGCUCAGACGGUAGCAAACUUUUACUUGGCAUACAGCAUGGGGCUCAAGUUGAUCCCAAUAAUCAACAAAAUUGAUCUUGAUGCCGCUGAUAUACCCAGGGCUAUGGAUCAAGUGGAAACCACGUUCGAGCUUAAUAGAGAAGAUUGCAUACCCGUGAGUGCCAAAACGGGCCUUAAUGUGGAAAAUAUCAUUCCCAGCAUCAUCAAUAACAUUCCUCCUCCACAAGGUGAUAUCAAUAAGCCUUUAAAAGCGCUACUAGUUGAUUCUUGGCAUGAUCCUUAUGUUGGCGUAGUAAUGCUUGUCCACAUUGUUGAUGGAAAAAUGAAAAAAGGUAUGAAACUUCUCUCCGCUCAUACAAGCAAGAAAUACGAAGUGAAGGAAGUAGGGGUGAUGUAUCCAGAUAAAACACCAAUGGAUGUACUCCGGGCAGGUCAGGUUGGCUACAUUAUCCCUGGAAUGAAGAAUCCAAGAGAGGCAUUGAUUGGGGACACAUUCUUUCAAAACGGCCAACACGAAAAUUUGGAACCUUUGCCUGGGUUUGAAGAACCUAAACCUAUGGUCUUUGUUGGGGCAUUUCCUGCCGAUGGAGGCGAAUUCAAAGUUAUGAAUGAUCACAUGGAGAAUUUGGUUUUGAAUGACAGAUCUGUGACAUUAGAAAAGGAAACCUCUAAUGCUUUGGGAUUGGGUUGGAGACUUGGCUUUUUAGGAUCAUUGCAUGCAUCUGUCUUCAAAGAACGUUUGGAGAAAGAGUAUGGAGCGAAGAUCAUUUUGACGGCUCCCACCGUGCCCUAUAAAAUUGUUUACAAAGAUGGAACAGAGAAAGUGAUUACCAACCCAGAUGAAUUUCCGGGAGCAGACCAGAGAGCACUUAAUAUCGACCAUUUAAUGGAACCGUAUGUGAAAGCGAUAAUGACAAUUCCAGACGAGUAUAUUGGUGUUGUCAUGUCUCUUUGUGAGAAUAAUCGUGGCAUCCAGAAUGAGAUGGAGUACCUAAAUACAGGCCAAGUGUUACUAAAGUACGAGCUUCCGUUAGCUCAGCUUGUGGAGGAUUUUUUCGGCAAAUUGAAAGGUGCAACGAAGGGAUAUGCAUCUUUAGAUUACGAGGAUUCAGGUUACAAAAAAUCAGACAUUGUGAAAAUGGAACUCUGUGUUAGCGGUAUUCCACAAGAUGCAUUAUCACAAGUGAUGCACAGGUCUCAGGUGCAAAGCAGAGGGAAAGAGUACGUUGCACGUUUCAAAGAGUAUUUAAAAUCUCAACUUUUCGAAGUUGCGAUUCAAGCAAAGGUCAAUAAUAAGGUGGUUGCAAGAGAAACGAUUAAGGCAAAAAGAAAGGAUGUGACCCAAAGACUACAUGCUGCAGAUAUUUCUAGAAGAAAGAAAUUACUAGAGAGACAAAAAGAGGGUAAAAAGCAGAUGAAGGCAUCUGGACGUGUACAUAUAAACCAUGAAGCAUACCAAGCUUUCUUGCGGCGGUCUGAUUAG